AUGCUAUACAAUAUCGGCAUGCGGAAGCGAGCAGAAGAAGAGGAACCGGUUGUGAAGGCUGUCCUCGAGAAACGGGAGCGGGUGGACGUUAGUCUGGACGAAGGCCUACUGACCAGGAAUGAGCGGGAAGUUCUGGCGGAAUGGGAGGGGAAGCGAGAAAGGUUGACGGUUUUGGAAGGUCGCGUCGAGGAAGCUUCUCGCUCGUGCUGCUCAAAACGUUCCUUCACACUCACCCAACUCGUCGCAGCAUUCGUCACGGGAGGCUUAGCGUGCAUUGCCGUUCAAGUCGCGGCUUCGGUGUGUUCCCCGUCUAGUUCCACCCGUACAACAUCAGGAGACUCGGUCAACGUCCUCGCACCCCCUUAUGUCGGCUCCACCCAAGUACACAACUGGCCGCCCCCAUCACCGACCAACGACUAUCCAACGCUAUUUCCUACCAAUGUAGGCCAUGCAGGUGUCACGCCAACUGGCGCUGAGGCUGCGCUUAUCGCCACGGCCCCUUCGUAUCCCAUUCACACCGGUGCACCUCAACUUGUUGCUCCAGCCUCCUUACACCCUGGAGGGACUUCCAAAGGGAGCAACAAGUCUUUCGAUAUAUUCAAAUCAUGGGGCAACCUGUCUCCGUGGUAUAGUGUAGAGAAAGGCGCGUUUGGAGUGGACUCAGGGCCUGAGGCUCCGGAAGGCUGCAGUGUCACUGGACUGCACUUCCUUCAUCGCCAUGGGGCUAGAUACCCAACUUCAUGGGCGGCGUACGGCGGGCCUGCCGCUUUAGCAGGCCGUUUACAUGAAAGCGCCGCUAAUUGGACUGCCAAAGGUGAGUUGGGAUUUCUCAACAGCUGGACUUAUAAACUUGGCGAGGAAGUCCUCACGCCGUUUGGGAGGCAACAGCUAUUCGAUCUCGGCAUCUCCAUUCGUUUGAAGUAUGGGUUCUUGCUCGAGGUAUAUAAUUUCAAGGAUUCACUCCCCGUGUUCCGCACGGAGUCUCAAGAUCGUAUGCUCACUUCCGCUCUCAACUUCGCAAGCGGGUUCUUUGGUAUUCCUUAUGAAGACAAAUACCUUCAAAGCAUCACUAUUGAAGACCCUGGUUUUAACAACACAUUGUCUCCUUACAAGACCUGCGACAAUACUAAUGACCGCUCCAAAGCUGACCGUGGGACUCCUUUUGUGAAGGAAUGGGCUGCUAUCUACCUGCAGGAUGCACGCGACCGUCUGCAAGCUCAGAUUGAUGGUUACAACCUGACAAUUGAAGACGUUUACACUAUGCAACAAAUGUGUCCCUAUGAGACCGUUGCUAUCGGAUUCUCAACGUUUUGUGGGCUCUUCACUCAAGAAGAGUGGGAGGGCUUUGACUAUGCGUAUGUGCGUUUUUCUUUGUAUAACUCCGCGUUUGGUUCUCCUGUUGCCCGUGUGCAAGGGAUUGGGUACAUUCAGGAAUUGGUGGCCCGUCUCACACAUACGCCAAUUGAAAUACACAAUACCUCGACCAACGCAACGCUUGAUGACAACCCCGUCACUUUCCCGCUUGAUCACAGCUUCUACGUGGAUGCCACUCACGAAGUUGUUGUCCUGAAUAUCAUCACAGCUCUCAACUUGACGUCAUUCGCUGCAUCUGGCCCCUUGCCGUCUGACCACAUCCCGAAGCACAGAACUUUCCGAGUAUCAGAGUUGGCUCCCUUUGCCACCAACAUUCAAUUCCAGCUCUUGUCAUGCGCGGCUAAGGAUACGGAUCAGAUCCGUGUGAUAAUUAACGAUGCCGUUGCCCCUCUAACAGGAAUCCAAGGAUGCCCCGCAGACCAAGAUGGCAUGUGCUCUGUGAAUGCCUUCACGGAGGCACAGAAGACGAUCAUCGCAAACACCGAUUGGAAUUGGGCCUGCCAUGGAGAUUGGGACGUCCCGGCAGGGCGAGAGUGGAAUACCACGACAGGUGAUGCGCCGGGGGUCAAGUGGUAGCUUCACAGGUCUAGGCGGACUAUCGAACAUUACAUACACUACAGUAUAAACGUGAGACUAUGAGCGUGGUAAUGCUUUGUGAAUG